UAAGACGCCAAGUGUAUUAUGCGAGUUUAACGUAGACGCAGAAAAGAAGAUAUAUUUUCACAACUUAUUUAACUUCAAUUUGAUAGACGUACUAACCAUUUUUAAGCUGCUACUGCAGCUGAGGAAAGUAACAUUAUACAAACAUAAUGACAACAUAUCAUUUGCGGUGAGGGAAAUAAAAAAGGGAGACAACUCUUAUAAAAGCACAAUUCGCACUUAUCUGCUAUUUUUAAAAAAAUAUUUAUUGAGAAAUGAGCAUGGAGAAGACGCGCUUUUAGACCACCUGAAGAAAGACAUAGCAGUAAUGAGCCUUGUAUCGACGAACAAAUCAUUCAUAAAAAUUGAGAAAAGCAAAAUAGCAGUUGAUCCUUUUUACGUAAAAUAUUACUAUAAAUAUCAUUUGAAUAAGCUGCUCUGCUUAUCCGAAGAGUUGUUUCUCUCGGGGGGUAAACCUAUCAAGGAGGGGAACUUAAUACAUCUUUCACAAAUGGAAACGUGUACUGGCAGAGGUGAGGAACGGGGUCAAGGUGAGUUUUCUUCCCAGGAGAAUAUCCCCAUUUGGAGUCGUCAGACUAUCCCAAAUGAAGCAGAUAAUAAACAUAGUAUAAAAACGAACCCAGUAACACGUUUGAAAAAGGACGGCAUAAACAUUAAGGUGAUCAACGUGUACCUGAAUGGGAAAUUCUCCGUCGCGUUACCACUCGUCUUAACGUACAACAUAAAUAAAGAUAUUUUUUACUUAAAUGAUUUGUUCUACCUCGAUGGAAGCAAGUACGAUGUGGGAAGCAUACUCACCCGAAGAGAGAUUUAUUUUAAUAAUUUAUCCUUUUUUCAGUGGAAAAAUUUCAGCUACCUGAACAAUGAAAAUAUUAUCCUAAAUAGUGACAACCUUCAUUUCGACUUAAAUUAUAUUCUUCUGUUUUACCACUUAUAUUUCAAUGAGGGUGAAAAAUUGUGCAUCCGUCGGCAUAUAAAUCCUACCUUUUAUUUUUACCCCCCCGUAGGUAGUAAGAAAGGGGCGAAUCCAAAAAGGGUGGAAAGGAUUGUAUACCGGGCUGAUAAGAAAGUCCUUAAUUUCGUUUUUUGA